AUGGGCCACCACCAGACACUCAUGGAGGGAGAAGAUACAUGCCCAUAUGACGCCUUUUAUGCGAGCAAGGAAGCAGAAACGUGGAGAAGCAAUGCUCUGCUAACGGUGGAUGCUAUAUUGGUGGUAAUCAUGGUUGGAAUAGGUGCAUAUGGCCAUCACUAUCGCCACCGCCCCUUCACCCGCUUCCUCUAUGAUGGAGCCACGUCAUUGUUCCUACCAAUCAUGUCAUAUGUUGUCUCUGGUAUUGGUGGCACUUAUAUGACCGCCUUCACAAAUGCUCAUAGUGCAAUCCUAGUCGGGGAGUGUCAGGCAGCCUUUACCACACGCCUAGUCAUAGGAUGGGCUUGCCUUGUUCAAAUUGUUGCCAUAAACAUCAGCGUUGUAGUUGCCGGCGAUGAGAGAGAAGGCCGAAACACUGGCCCUUCAGUGGUUCUGCUUGUCCAAGCAAUGUGGACCUGUUACCUUGCGAUCUACUACGCAGGAUUAGAUAUAGAUACAUUUGGGUUUGUGUUCAAGACUUUUGCAGCCAGAAUGUCUUCAUUGUUGGGAUUUCUUUACCUUGGGACAUUUGUCAUCAUCUUCGCCAAAAUGACCUUCAAGUUCCAUGCGUUUUAUAAAGUUCGGAGAUCAAUUGCUCUUGGACUCAACCCCCGUCUUGUUGUUGGAUAUAUGGAGCAGCUGAAUAAUAGAAGUCAACCGAGUGAGCGUGCACCUCCUCCACUCCUGGUUAUGGGUGAGGAGACUUCCCGGGUAAAGAAGCAACCUCGUGGUUACUGCUUUGUACGCAUGUCCGAGGAAGCUAGGACAAACAACAUGCUAGUGACCAUCGACAAAAUUUGGCUAUUAGAGGACAUGCUUUUGGGGUCAUCAACACGACUCAAAGAUGUGUGCCUCUCCUUUACAUUGUUCAAGUUACUGCGAUGUAGAUUUGCAAGGUACACUAUUGCCGAGGCUGGUUUUCACAAGGUUAAUAACUUUUUCUGGCGAGUGUUGCUAAAGGAUGGUGACGACGAGAGGGUAUUCAGGGUCAUUGCGGACGAGCUUUCUUUUCUUUAUGAUUAUUACUAUUCAUCUCUCUCAAUCUCAUAUCCAAGUCGCCGGAUGUCCAUCUUGAGCAUCAUUAUCUCCCUCCUAAGCAUCGGUGGUUGUUUGUCUCUUAUGUUUGCACUGCGUGGUUACUGGUCGUAUGCGUCUCAGUUCGUGUGUGAGGUAAAUUGCCCUGCAACACACGAUAAGUUGGAGUACCUUGGUUUCGGGAAUUAUUAUAUUGAUCAUGUGCUAGUGCAUUUACUUGCUGCACUGGUAGUGCUUACUGAAGCAAGGGACAUCGCUUCUUACAUCUGCUCUAAUUGGACUAAAGUGGCCCUUAUCUGCGGCUACGUGAAGCAUGCUUCUUGGCAACAAUCACGUGCCUGGCGAGGAUGCGUCAGCCGUGUGUUGCAGUGCAGAUGCAAGCUGUUUAAGAUCUGGGAGGACAAAAUGAACCAGUGCUCAAUUCUCAUGCUCCGCCCAGCGAAAACACCUUUGGCUUUUCUUGGGCGUCUCAUCAAUACACCGCAACAAAAGAAGAAGAUACCAAGAGCGGUGAAGGCCUCUAUCAUCAACGCACUCAGAAGCUACGAGGAGAGUCGCCGAACCAAUGGCAUGGCAUCUAUGCCUAGGAGCUUGCAAGUUGGUGAGGAGCUCUGCUGGAUGUUCGAUGAUGAAGGUACAUGCGAUACUAUGCUUGUGUGCCACAUCGCUACGAGCAUCCUACAAGUGAGAUCACACCAACACCAGCCUUUUUCGAACCAUAGGAUUACUGCCACUCACUUAUCACGAUAUUGUGCAUAUUUGGUGGCAUACUCACCUGAGCUGCUCCCUGACGACGAUGCUUGGUGCAAGAGCUUGUACGAGGCCGUCAAGAAGGACGCUGACCGUGCCCUCGCCGGUGGCAUUCGGGCGUCAACGCCUGAAGCAGAGUACCACCAGUUGGUCGAGCUGCUCAGUACAAGGCCAAUGCAUGAGGUGCUUCAGAAGGGUGUGGAGCUUGGGAAGCGUUUGGCGGGGAUGAUUGAAAGAGAGGAUACAAUUUGGGAGGUUCUUGCGGGCUUUUGGUCAGAGAUGAUCCUCUAUGUUGCUCCGUCGGAGAACAUCAAUGGGCACGCGGAGGCCAUUGCCCGGGGUGGUGAGCUAAUAACGCUCCUCUGGGCACUGCUCGCGCAUGUCGGUAUCGUCGGCAGGUCCCACAAUGCCCCGGUCAGUGCUUCUGAUGUUGUCUAA